AUGACGAUGGAUAUCUCUGAAAAUGAAGUCAAGUACUUAAACUCCACGUUGCAGACCCAUGUUGUCACAUAUAGAACCGCUGCUCGAGAUUUGAACAUGCAUGUGUCCAAGUCCAAACAGAUGCUUUACGACUACUACAAUCUGAAUAAGUCGACGGUGACCGCGUCGUUCAUCGUCACGGGAACGCGUCUGGGCACCACCAUUGUUCAGAUGUUUCAGAAUGAGGACGAUUUUGCCUUACAGAGGGACCAAUUUGAUGACAUCCGCACUGUCCAUGUGUAUUGCUUGACGUUGGUCAAGAAUCACCCUCUGACUAGUGAGAUAGCCAUGGAGGAUCUGAGACACCCGGUUGAUUUGGGGGAUUUGGACCGGUAUUACGCCUUGGGACUUACGAAGGGAACAGAUCUCGCUCAUGUCGAGCAGGUUGACAAAAAAUCGCUGCAAAAAAAGUCACAACUGAAGGAGGAGAACAAGGUGCCUCAAAAGACCAUGGCCAUGGCCAGCACGACUGGUCCCGUAGAGCCAAAGCCCAAACCAAAGUUAGAGUAUACGUCCAGAAAGGAAAAGACCAAAACUCCAAGUCUCAUCUCCAAUUACGUGUCAAGAAAAGGCGAAUCAAAGUCAUCAGUUCCAGCCAAGAGGGAAGCAUCAUUACUGGAAGAAUCUUCCAAACCUGCUUCAAAACCAGCUUACCAAUAUAAAUCUCGGAAAGUGGAGCAGUCGCAGCCCAAAGAACGUGUUGUUAUUUCCAGUAUGGUUGACGAUGACAUGGAUGUGGAUUCUGUUUCCGAAUCUGUCCCACAACCCACGAACCCUACUGUUUCUACGAACCUCAGCAACCUCUUCUUAGACGAUUUGAGUGAUUUCAGCGACGACACGAAAGACGACGCUGAAGAGGAGCCAAUUGUGGUAGAAAAUACUGAGGAAGAGGCUCCGCAACCUUCAGAAGCUGCACAGGCAGCUCAGGUACCCGAAGAUUCUAUUUUUCGCAAGAUGGUCAACUCAGCAUCACAGACACCACGGUCACCUACUCCUCCUCCAGUGACUACUGUUGAUGAGGACGGAUACAUCACCACGUAUCGAUCUAAAGAAAAAGAGCCAAAAGAACCUAAAGAAAAGAAAGCUCCCGUACGUGCACCAAUUGCCAGGCCAAAUACUGAAAAGAAGGGGGACGGAAAGAAAAAGCAGGCAUCAUUGAUGAGUUUCUUUGGCAAGCGGUAG